UGAUGUGGCCCAAAUUCCUCCAUUUUGGGCUCUGAUGUUUCCAGGUGCCACCUGUGAGCUCGAGAUAGACGAGUGCCAAUCACAGCCAUGCCUCAACGGCGGCAGUUGCCGUGACUACAUCAACAGCUUCACGUGCAGCUGCCGGCCCGGUUUCCAGGGAGACCGCUGUGAGAUAGAUGUGGACGAUUGCAGAGAGCAGCCGUGUCAAAACGGGGCCGUCUGUACCGACGCGAUAAACAAAUACAGCUGUGACUGCUCCCAGACUGCCUUUAUGGGGCAACACUGUGAAAUCCCGGCCCCGCCAUGCCGGUCUCAGCCCUGUCUCAACAGCGCCACCUGUGUGGAGAAUAAGGACAAUUACACCUGUCGCUGUUGGCCAGGCUUCAAGGGGCGUGAGUGUGAGGUGGACGUGAGCGAGUGCGCUAGCGCCCCCUGCCUGCACGGAGGCCGCUGCAUAGAGAGGUCCUGGCAGCUCCUCUACGGGGUGGAGCCUCUUCUGCCGGCUAGCUACGACCCCCGGCAUGCCACUGGCUUCCUCUGCAGCUGCCAGUCAGGGACCACAGGUACCCUGUGCCAGGAGAUCACCCAGCAGUGUGAGGACAGCCCUUGCCAGAACGCUGGCCUCUGUGUGAGCCGUGUGGGUGGCUACGGGUGCAUCUGCCCCCCGGGGGGCCCAGAGGGGCCCCACUACGGGGGCCAGAACUGCUCUGAGCUGUUGGUGGGCUGUGAGGGGCACGAGUGCCAGAACCAGGCCUCUUGCGAGCCCUUCUUCACAGACGGUAUCCAUGGUUACUCCUGCUCCUGCCCUCCUGGGUUCAUCGGCCCCCUCUGCCAGACCCCUACGGCCUUCUCAUUCGAGCGUAGGGGCCACCUGCUGCUCCAGAGCCCCCUGGUGGCGGCGGAGGCCUCCUGCAACAUCAGCCUGAGCUUCCGGACGGCCGUGCCCAGCGCGGUGCUCUUCCAGCGGGGCAGCGAGGGGCUUCUCCUGGGGCUGGAGGUGAAGGAGGGGCGGCUGCGACUCAGCCUACAGAGGGAGGCCUCAGCUGGGGCGGGCUCCGAGGGGCCCGGCCAGGCCCUGGAGGUUCCCCACAACGUCACGGACGGGGAGUGGCACUCCCUGGAGGCUGUCCUGGCCGACGGGGUGCUUUGGCUCACGCUCCGGGGGGCUGAGGGCUGUGAGAGGGAAGCCUGCCGGGUGGAAGCCCCCGUCGAGGACUCUCUAGUCGGGCUGGAGGAACCAGAGUCUCCGCCUCACUACACCAUCAUAGGGGGGGUGUGGGAGGGCCGGAGCAGGGCAGCAGCCAGGCCCCCUGCCCAGGCCUUCAUCGGGUGUCUGAGGGAUGUAUUUGUGGACUCCCAGCUGGUGGUCCCGGACCAGUGGCUGAGCAACUACGCGGUGAACGUGACUCUUGGCUGCAGUCACAGGGACCGCUGUCUGGUCAACCCCUGCCAAAACCAAGCCCAGUGCAUCAACUUGUGGCAGGGCUACCAGUGCAGAUGCCCCAGACCGUACAAAGGCCAGGACUGUGCUGAAGAGUACGUGACGGGCCGGUUUGGCCACGAGGACUUGCAGAGCUACGCUGAGUUCACCGUGACCGACAAUCCCGGCCACGACAUCACCGUGUCCUUCUUCCUGCGCACGCGCAGCCCCAACGCCCUCCUGCUGGUCCUCGCCAACAGCACCAGCCAGUACCUGCGGGCGUGGCUGCAGGAGGGGCGUCUGGUGAUCCAGCUGAACGGCUUGGAGAGCGUGAGGGGAGACGCUGAGGUCGUCGACGGGGAGGUCCGCUUCGUGAGCGUGGCGGUGGAGAACGGCAGCAUGUCGCUGGACGUGGGGAACCGGAGGCAGGGUGAGGCGGGGGUGCGGCCGCUAGGCGUCCAGGCGGGGGACCGCGUCUACGUGGGGGGGCUGCCUCAGCAGGCAGGCUCCCUGGAAUUCGGGGGGUACCUCAAGGGCUGCCUCCAGGACCUCAGGAUUAACCACGCCAGACUGCAGUUCUUCGGGUUGGACGAUGCCCCUGUGAUGUCAUAUAAUGCGGAGAGGUUGGCUAAUGUGACCCCUGGCUGCCCUGGGGACGACUCCUGCAGGAGGAAGCCUUGUCAGAACGGGGGCGUGUGCUACUCAGUGUGGGACGACUUCAGCUGCACUUGCGCCCCCAGCACAGCAGGGCGGCGCUGUGAGGAGGUGCGUUGGUGCGAGCUCUCGCCCUGCCCGCCGUACGCAGAGUGCAGUCAGCUGAGCCAGGGAUACGAGUGUCUCUCCAAUGCCACCUUCCUGGACGACAGCAGCGUCCUGUAUUACCGCGGCAACGGCCGCAUCUCCCGCAACCUGACGAGCAUGUCGCUGAGCGUGCGCACGCGCAAGCACCAUGCCGCCGUCCUGCACGCCGAGCGCGGCCCCGAGUUCCUCACCGUGUCGGUGCAGGACGGCUUCCUGUCUCUGGAGCUGCAGACUGGCCCCGCCCCCACCGGCCCCGCCCCCGUCAGCCUGUCUAGCGGGCACCAGGUGAGCGACGGCGAGUGGCACAGCGCCCACCUGUUCAUGACCUCGCCCUGGGACGAAGCGUCGCGCUGGAGCCUGGUGCUGGACGAGAACACGGAGGACGUCUCCACCUCCGUCGCCCCGGGAGGCAACCUGAACUUCCUGCGGGACGGGGUGGACAUCCUGGUGGGGGGACUGGGUCUGGAAGCGGGCUGGAGCUGGGAGGGCUGCCUGGGCCCCCUCGAGGUGGGGGGGAUCGUCCUGUCCUACCUCAGCCCGGCCGAGGUCAACCUUCCUCGCACGCAGGACGAGCAGUUUGUCCGCAUCUCCUCCACGCCCCCUCGGAGCGGGUGCGGAGGAGCGCCCGUGUGCCGGCCCGACCCCUGCCUGCACGGCGCCGUCUGCAGCGACCUCUUCAACCUGUUCAGCUGCAGCUGUAGCGAGGGCUGGGCGGGCCAGCGCUGCGAGGUCCUUAUCGACACCUGCGCCUCAGGCCCCUGCAUCCAUGGGACCUGCAGCGUGACGGGGCUGGGGUACGAGUGUGCGUGCGAGCCGGGGUACCGGGGGGCGCAGUGCGACGAGGAGGUGGACAUGUGCGAGGAGCACCGCUGUGCUCACGGGGGAACCUGUCUCCACGGGGUGGAGAGGUACGCCUGCCUCUGUCCUGAGAAUUACACCGGGCCUUACUGCAGGGACCGUGUUGAGGAGGUUCCAUGGUACAUAGUUGUCAAGACCUUGAAACCCAGGCUGCCUGUGUCCGUGUGUGGGGACGAGAACAGGAACUACACCUGCUUCAACGGAGGGAACUGCACAGACAUAGAGCUGUCCUGCGACUGUCCCCCUGGAUACAGCGGCCACCGGUGAGAGGGGGAGGAGACGCUAGGACCACUAGCGACUAUGUAGCAGUUACAUCUCCUGACUGU